AUGGCAACCAACGGUGUUACAAACGGGACGAGAAAGUCCAUCAGGGCUCCUAACCCGUCAGUUGAGGACAGUGUCUUCAAGCAGUUCCGGCUGGACGGACGUGUAGUCAUCAUCACGGGUGGAGCAGGCGGCAUAGGCUCGGAGAUUGCCAGGGCCCUCGCGGAAGCUGGAGCCAAUGUAAGCAUGUCUCCCUAUGUCUCUCAAGAGCCACAAGAGUUGCUAAUGUCAACGCCGCUGGAGAUUGCCAUCUGGUACCACAGUUCCAAAACCGCCAUCGCCAUCGCCGAAGGCAUUGCCAAAGACUUUGGAGUCAAGACAAAAGCAUACCGUGUCGACGUGACUGACUAUAGUGACGUUGAAGCUGCGGUUGCGGAGGCCGUCAAGGACUUUGGCCACCUGGAUGUCAUGAUUGCCAAUGCCGGAGUGCCCUCCAAAGCUGGGGGUUUGGAUGACAAGGUAGAAGAUUGGAACCGUGUGAGGGCAGUGGACUUUGAUGGUGCAUACUACUGUAUGCGGGCUGCAGGGCUCGUCUUCCGCGAACAGAAGAGGGGUGUGGGUAUCAUCACUGCAUCCAUGAGUGGCCAUGCUGCAAAUGUGCCGCAGGAACAGAGCUGUUACAACGCUUGCAAGGCAGGAACAAUCCAUCUCGCUCGAUCACUGGCUGUUGAGUGGGCCAAAUGGGGUGGCCGAGUUAACUCAGUCUCGCCAGGCUAUAUUGAUACUGUCAUCUCGGGUGACUGUCCGUUCGAGAUGAAGGAGGAGUGGUUCAGCUUAACGCCGUUGCGUAGAGAUGCUGAUCCGAGGGAGUUGAAAGGGAUCUACCUGUACUUGGCUAGUGAUGCUAGUUCUUACACGACUGGGGCCGACUUCAUCAUUGAUGGUGGUUACACCGCGCGGUAG